CGUGGCCCCGGGUGAUUGUCGGUACCCCGCGGCCGCGGGUGAUCGUCGGGUCCCCACGGGCCCGGGCCGCCGGGGCGGAUCAGGCCUCCGCGCCUUCCCGGGGAGCCCCCCAAGGCCGCAGACAAGAUGAACAUUCUGGCGCCGGUGCGGAGGGACCGCGUCCUGGCGGAGCUGCCCCAGUGCCUGAGGACGGAGGCCGCUUUGCACGUGCGCAAAGACUUCCACCCCCGCGUCACUUGCGCCUGCCAGGAGCACCGGACAGGCACCGUGGGCAGAUUUAAGAUCUCCAAGGUCAUCGUUGUGGGAGACUUGUCCGUGGGGAAGACCUGCCUCAUUAAUAGGUUCUGCAAAGACACCUUUGACAAAAAUUACAAGGCCACCAUCGGAGUGGAUUUUGAGAUGGAACGAUUUGAAGUGUUGGGUGUCCCCUUCAGUCUCCAACUUUGGGACACUGCUGGGCAGGAGAGGUUCAAAUGCAUCGCUUCCACCUACUACCGAGGAGCCCAAGCCAUCAUCAUCGUCUUCAACCUGAAUGACGUGGCAUCCCUGGAGCACACCAAGCAGUGGCUCGCUGAUGCACUCAAGGAGAAUGACCCUUCCAACGUGCUUCUGUUCCUUGUGGGUUCCAAGAAGGACCUGAGUACUCCUGCUCAGUAUUCCCUAAUGGAGAAGGAUGCCCUCAAGGUGGCCCAAGAGAUUAAGGCUGAGUAUUGGGCAGUGUCCUCCCUCACUGGUGAGAAUGUCCGGGAAUUCUUCUUCCGUGUGGCAGCAUUGACCUUUGAGGCCAAUGUCCUGGCUGAGCUGGAGAAAUCGGGGGCUCGGCGCAUUGGGGAUGUUGUCCGCAUCAACAGUGAUGACAAAAACCUCUACCUAACUGCCAGCAAGAAAAAGGCCACAUGCUGUCCCUGAAGAGUGAGGACUGUCCAGAAACUGCCCGUUCCUGGGGCAUUGUGCCACACCGACUGCUUCAGAACUCAACCCCUGGACAUUUGCACUGUUUUUCCAGACCAAAGAACUGCCCCUUGAAGGCAGUGACCCCAGAGGGUAACUGGGACCAUGCUAGUCACUUCCUGCCCCCAGGCACCAUGCCAAAGACUGGAUGACCCUUGACCCCUCUGGGGCUCUCCAGGGUGCCUGGUGGGGGCCAGUGUUCCUGCUGCUUUUGCUCAGCCCGCUGGGCCCUUUAUGUAUGAUGAUGCUUAAUAAUUCCAGCCUUAUACUGUGCCUUAUGCAUUAAAAUCUGUUAUUAGCA